AUGGAAGCUAAAGCCAAAAAGAACUUUUCUCCUCAAGGUGGAAAGAAGCUGACUAAAAAAGGAAAAGAUAACAUAGGGACCAAACUCAGCGGGAAACCAGGCAGUAAAACAGGCGGCAAACGGCCCUUCAAACCGUACAAUGCAGAGAAGAAGAGCUGGUCGGGGAACGCCAAAGGCGGUGGCAAGAAGGAACAGAAGGCGGUUCCCUACAAAACAGGAAAAGGUCCACAGGGAAAAAGAGCAUUUCCAGGAAGAAGAGAGGAGAAAGGGGCUGGUGGAGGUCCAGCCGCCAAGAGGCCCAAGAGAGGCGAGUUCCCCCCCGAGAAGCAGCCGCUGACGGAGGAGGAGAGCCAGAACAGGCAGCAGAAGAGGAAGGAGCUGAAGAAGACCCGGCAGCAGGCGGAGAGGAAGGACAUGUUUGACAUCAUCUGCCAGGCCAAACGCGUGUGGGAGAACCUCCGGAGGAAGUCCUGUGACGACGAGAUGAAGAAGAAACUGAUGAAGGAGCUUCAUGAUCUGAUCCGGGGGAAGAUCAAGCAGAUGGCGUUUGCUCACGACACGGUGCGGGUGCUGCAGUGUUUCAUCCAGUUCAGCAGCCACAAGCAGAAGCACGAGGUGUUUGAGGAGCUCCAAGAUCAGGUGUCCCUGCUGUGCAAGUCCCCGUACGGCCGGCACGUGGUCAAGAAGCUGCUGAUGUACGGGGACAAGGCUCUGGUGGCGGCUGUGAUCCAGACCUUUAGGGGGAAGGUGCAGAAGCUGCUGCGGCACGCCGCCGCCUCCAGCGUGCUGGAGUACGCCUACAACGACAAGGCCCUGCUGACCCAGAGGCUGCUGCUGACCGCCGAGCUGUACGGCAACACCUACACCGUCUGCAAGACUCGUUUGAGGUUUUCCAACAGUCUCUACUCCUACAUGCCUCCUCGUACCGAGACUGGCGUUAUUUGUGGGCGUAACCUGAGACACAGCCACCAUCGUGGCAACCACACACCACCUGAGGCUGGCUGA